UUGGACAAAUAGAUAUUCCACGCACAGACUCAUCUUUUUGCGUCGAUUCGAAACUCCUUCUGCUUAGAAAUCAAUUGUCGACCCUGCGGAGUCUGGCUUUAUGUGUUAAAAUGAAUUGGAUGUCAAUAAUCGUCGGUGGUCCUGGAAGUGGCAAAAGCAGCGUUGUUAGGGUACUCGCUCAAAUGGCUGGUCAAAAACUUAGAUCAAUUGCGGUGAAUCCGGAAAUGGACACGACGGAAAUAUUGGGCGGUUUCGAACAGACAGAUUACAAUCGACACCUGGAAAACUUGGUUGAACAAACAAAGAUUGUGCUGACGAAGUGCUUAAAAACGAAAUUUCUCAAAAAUAGCAUUAGCCAGAUGGAAAAGUAUCAGAGUUUGUUUGAACGAGUCUAUACCCUUUCGUCCGAUGAAAGCAAAUCUCUCACCAUGGCAGCAGCGACGGAACUAUUUAUUCGCAGAAUAGGUGCAUUAUCGAUGUUACUCAACGAAAUGAAACAAGAAGAAUCAUUUAUAAAAGAUAUAGAAAGCAUAGAAUUGGAAUUACAAAAACUCAGAGACUAUGUCAAAGAACAACAAUGCCUCAAUGCUGGCGGCAAAUUUGAAUGGGUUGACAGUGUUUUAGUGAAGUGUCUGAAAGAGGGAACCUGGCUAAUGGUGGAUCAAGUUAAUGUGUGUAGUGCUGCAGUACUCGACAGACUUAAUGGAUUGUUGGAACCCAAUGGAGUACUCAGUAUCGGUGAACGGGGUGUCGACAACGACGGCAACAUCGUGACCGUGAAGCCACACAAAAACUUCCGACUUUUCCUCACAAUGGAUCCAAAUUAUGGGGAGAUUUCAAGAGCUAUGCGCAACAGAGGUGUUGAAAUUUUUAUGCUGACUAACAAUGAAAGUCCCGAGACCGCUAAUCUUGACUACAGGUCGCUUUUGCACCACAGUGGACUUACCAAACGCAAUCAUCAAGAAGCAUUGAUGACUUUGCACAAACGCAUGUGCGAGAACCCCUCGAACAUGGAUCACUUGAACGUUACACAACUGCUACACAGCGCUUUUCUGGUGGUACAACAACUCAACCGUGCAUUUCCAGUCACGGAUGCCUUUAUCAGCACUUGCAAAGACGUUUACAUUCGUGGCCGAUCGAUCUUGGAUUGUAAGACACAGUCGCGUCUCCUCGAAAUUGUUGAGGAAACUGUACGGGAAUUCGAGGUUGGCACCAUCACCGACUACGUUUUUGACUUGAGUUCGGCCUCUUGUAGCCUGCGCAGCUUGCAAGAAAAUUCAAAACUCUCGAUCGUCAAACAGCACGGCUUCUUGCUGAAUUGGUGUGUCAAAGAGUAUUUGCGCGUGGCCAAGCAACAUCCAGCACUCGUGACCGAUCUCAAGACUGACUUCGUCAACGAGCUUUUCCCUCUCGAUGGAGAGGAGUUAAUGAGUGAUUAUCUAGUGAAAAUCUUACCUUACGUUUUACUCAGUUUUUAUGAAUACUCAACUCAGACCGAUGUACAGUUAAGAAAGCAAUGGGCAUCGAAUUUACUUAAUAUGGAUUCCUCGGAUAUUAAGUUGCUAGCUUCUAAAAGCGAAACUCUUGCUACUGAUAUUUCAACAUACGAUUUUGAGGACAGUUUGAAUGUUCACUUACCUUGGGAUAGUGAACGAUGCAGUAGAGCCACUAAUGUAUCACUUAUGUUAUUCUUUGAUAUAUUAAUUGACGUUGACAAACCUACAAAUUAUUUGAUGACCAAUAAUCAAGACGAGUUUAUUACUGUUGCUCAAUUUUCUGAAGCUUCUUGCACGGGAAAAACAUCUAUUCAGUUGGAUGGCCAACCAAUUAUUACAGAAUAUGCAACACUCAUACACAAGUUUAAAACUUGUAUCAGUGGUAUGAUUAAAACUACCAAAACUGCCUUAGACAGUUCCAAGUAUGUGAUUAUUCGUCAAAAAUUACAAUGGUAUAAGAGAUUUUGUAAUUUAGGAGCUAUGAAUUUAAUGAAAAAAACGAAUGCAUCCAGCAAAUCCAACUCCAAUAUUGAUGAGGUUGCCUUGUUAUUGAAAGUUCACUUCAGAUGGCUGAAAAAAUGUGUGUUUUUAUUGAACGAAAUUUAUGAAGAUAGAGAUUCCAAUCAUCAAUACAUAAAUGAUUUUAGACAAUUAAAAGAAAGUGUCGAUCAAGUAGAUAGAGAAUUAGCAACAGUUUAUGAUCCGUUCUGCAAAGUUUGCAAACUUUACAAAAAGCAAAUAAUUUCACCAUUACCUUGUUCAUCUAGAACGGCUUUGAACAUGUAUUCUCUGCUUAAAAAAGUUACCAAUUCAUUUUCACCGCAUAAAAACAAAUACUUUAGUAAUAAUUUGUCGGAAGAAUCAAAAUUCGUUACUUUACAAACUAACGAAGCAUUCGAAAUAAGAUCAGAGCUGAUCAGCCUUUGGCAGAAAUUCUAUACCAAUGAUGGUUUCGAAGAGGGUGUUGAUGAGCGAUUGCUUGAAAUUGGUCGUUUCUGCGAUGCGCACUUAAACAUAUCUGAUUGUUCCGAAAAAAAUGAUUCCAUUAACGUUUUCAAGACAGUUUCAUCUAAAACUUUGCUUAAAUGCACAUACAAGAUACAACUGUGGCCAAUUCAUGAGUACAUGCUGCGUUUAUAUAUUGGAAUGUUCCAAACUCAACUUUGCGCUAAUCAUGAUGAUAUUUCUCUGCCAUCUGUUAACUUAACUGGUCUUGAAAUAGAACUUCCAAAUGUGCCGAUAGAGCUUUUAGCUAUAUUGAAUUCUAUAGUAUCAAAGAAAAAUUUGCCCGAAGAAAGAAAUCGAUUGAUGUUUGCUCUCUCGAUUUGGUUUUUGAAAUUCAGUGAAAACUCAUAUGCUAUUAAACACUACAAAGAGAUAUCUCAUUGGAAAGCUAAGAAUACUGAACUUGAUCUCAAGUUUCCGUUCGCACAAGAAGAAAUGAGUAAAGAAAAUCUUAUUAGCGGACCUGUACUGUUGAACCUUGUUUCUGAACUUCUUCUGAAAAAAAAUCAAAAUUACUGUCGUGAUUCUUUGAACGUCGAUGCAAAUCUUGGUAGCUAUGAAGACCGUUUAAAUCAACUACAAAUUGUAAAUGAUUUAUUAUGGAAAAAUAGUGUAACAUUGAAUUCGCAACGAUUCGAUCACGUUACAAAUGACGUCAAGACAUUACGUUCUUUGAUUAAUAUCUUUUUAACCGCUUGUGAUAAGGUUGAUACCAAUACUUUAUUCAGUAAAUAUUAUAAAGAUGAUAAAAUUGGUUCAAAAAAAAUUAUUGAAGAUGAGUAUUCGAAACCACUGAAAAAAUUAAAGGAAAUCUCUAAAAUGUUAGAGCAUCAUUCAGAAAAUUCCAUUAGAGGUAUAGCUUGGAUUAUUUUCGGAUACCUACAAGCCUUCAUUUUUGGUAAUAUGGGCUUUAUCGAUCCAGUUUACAAAGUAGCACUCAAACUACGUUAUGUUGAAGAUGAUAUAUCAGAUUCCAAAAAGACUUUAUACGUGGCCAAGUUAUAUUCAAAAAUGUUGGGGCUAGCUGAUACCACAGAUCUCCAUCCAAGACUCAUUGAAGUCAAGCAAAAUCUACAAACAUUAGAAGCUGAAAAAGAAUCAUUAAAAAGUCAAAAAGCAGUCAGGCCAUCAAAUUCUGAGUUUAUCGCUUUAUCGAAAGAAUUUUCUAAUUUCAGAAACUCUAUCGGUUCAUAUUCUGACAUCUAUAAACAUUCGGAAAAUUUACAGGAAAUAAUAACAACACUAAAAAUCGAAGGUGAUUCUGAAUUCUUGGAAAAAGCCAAAUCAACCAAGCGAAACGCUGAAGUAUGGCUCGAAUCAUUACGUGGUUUUAUGAACCGAAUAGAAGAAAAAUUCUUAUCUGGCUAUCCUGACAUUGUUUACCCAAUAAUAACUGGUCUUGCCCGAGUUCGGCAUGGUAUGCGGAUUCUCAUUGAAGAUAGCAAUCGAUUGAUUUGCGCUGCUGAAACGAAAUUUGAUUCUGUGAAGCUCGAAUCAUUUAUGCGCGAUCUGAUUCGCUUUCCUACUCUUGGUCCUGGACAAGAAGACCUAUUAAAACUCGUGAACGUGUGCGUCUCGAAAGAAAGUCGUGAGCUUGUAUCAACGAGUAUUACAACGGAAAACGUGACUCGUGAACAGUUCCGUCUCAUGGUAUCUGGUUUGAGUGAAUUUCAAAAUUACGUGGUUCUUAAAGGCACAUUAACAAAUAAAGAUUGGUCCCUAUUGAAUGAAUUACUGGAGCCAAUAGUUUUAGUUUGGCACCGGCAACAAUUAGAGCUGAGAAAGCUAAAAAUGCAGGAGGAAAGUUUGUACAAAAACAAAGCUACAACUUUGCCCGAAGAUGAACAACUGGCACUUGAAUUGAAAAAAUUGUUCCCUACUCAUCAUGAAGAUGAUUUUGCAGAUGUUGAUGAAGCUGUUACGCCUAGUUUGGAACAAACGCUCAUAGUCCAGAAUGAAGAAAAUAACUUUGUAAAUCUUAUUACUGAUGACGACAUCAAAGAGGUUCAACAAAUUCACUCCAAUUUGGUGAAAUUAUACAUCACCUCCGAAUGGAUGGUAAAAAAAUCAUCAGAAUUAGAGGUCGAUUACGUAAAACCACUUAUUCAGCGUUAUGGUACAUUUGGAGCACUUUUGGAUAAUAUUACCCCGGCACUGACCAACGGUCUUACAGGACAGUUAUAUACUAGCAUGAAUGUUCUUGUUUCAUUCGCCUGCCGUUUAGGACAGGGAGAAAAAUUAAACCCACUAGAUACUGAAAAAUCAUCCAAGCCGUAUGAUUACUACAGAGACAGCAAAGUAGAGGAGGUUCAAUCUUGUAUCCCUCUUCUUGAGAGUAUUUUCAAUAUAGUUGCAAAAUUAUUGAAUGAAUGGCCAGAACAUCCUACUCUUAAGUCGAUUAAAUUAGUACUGGAAAGAAUAUAUUCAUUUCCGGUAACUUCUUCAGUAUCAAGAUUUUUGACUGGUCUAGAAAUUCUUCUCGUAAAAAUGCACCAAUGGGAAGAAAACGCACAUAGUGGAGUCUCUUUAAAAGAUUUUAUAGAGCCCUUAACACGGCAAAUUAUAAAAUGGCGUCAACUCGAACUUACAUGCUGGAAAAAUUGCUUAUCGAAUGCUCAGAUGAAAAUGCAAGAGAAUACCUCUGUAUGGUGGUUUUACUUAUACCGUCUUGUAGAAAGUUACAUUAAACAAGAAAAACUCGAAGAUGACCAAGAAAAUUGCGUAGAUUCCACAACUGAAAACAUAAUCAUAUUAUUGGAACGUUUUAUGAAAGAAGCGCCUUUGGUCGAAUUUGAAGCACGCUUAAAAUUACUUAUGACAUUCCAUUACCACGUCUACUACAUGAAUAUUAGUGAUCAAAGAAAUAAGUUGCUUGCAAUUACGUGGAACUUACAUAAUUAUUAUUAUCAAUUUUUACCUGACAUUCAAAAUAGAAUAAAAGCGGUGAAAGCUCCGAUUGAGAAAAAAUUAAAAGAUUUCGAAAAGAUAGCACGAUGGAACGACAUAAGCUUUUGGGCAAUCAAAGAAACGGUUCAUAAAUCUCAUAGCACACUUCAUAAAUAUAUCAAGGAAUUCGAAACUAAUUUGAAAGAAAAAGUGACACCAUUCCUCAUUGUCAGACCCGUUUAUCAGAGUGAAGAUGGUAUCUGGGACCGGCCUCAAAAAAGUCAUGACCACUCAGUGGAUAUCAUGGAUUACAUAGUUUCGAUUCCAACCGAGUCACUUAUUGUUUCAACAGUGCAAAGUGACGUGAUCAAUGAAGCAGAGCGUGUUUAUUUACCGAAAUCAUUGCUUUUCUGCAAAAAGAUUAUCUCUUCGUCCAUAUAUUCGCGUAUUCGUGAAGAUCUUGAAGAAUUUAUCAUAGAUAGAGUUAGAAUAAGUGCUGAACUCCGGGAUAAAACGAUUGAUAAAACUCAGCCAUUGCCAAAACAGAAAAAACUAGCUAAAUCUAUUUUGCAGCAGAAAAAACUAGCUCUUUCUGAUUACUUCAAAGAUCUAAAGAGUUUUGGUUUAUCGCACAUGAAAGGCAUGAGAUUGUGGAAAAAUAACUUGAAAGAAGUGCUCGAUUUUACUCUACUACCAUUAGAACUUGAUGCUGCAUUGAAGAAUUCCUUGGAACCUACAGCAUUUGAUGGAAAAGUAAUGGACCAAUGGAAAGGAUGUGAAAAGUACUACUAUGGUUCACUUAUCAAGCUCAAUGCAUUGAAUCAAUCACUUUCGGUGAAUAAAACUGAUUUAGGAAUGGAUAAUAUAGAACGCUGUCGAGGAUUUUCCACACAUCUUAUGGUUUUAGCUAAUACACAAAGAAAAAAUCUUACUUCCGUUGUGAAAUACUUCAUCAGUCUUCGUUCUCAAAUAACAGAUCUGAUUUACAUAAAUCCCAAUGAUAUCGCUACCACGAAACAAAAGGAAAUACACAGUAGCGCCAAAAACUUACGCGAGUUGUUAGUAUUUGCUCGAGCUAGUUUCGAUCAAUUCUUCAUUUAUCUACAAGCUUGUCCACAUCAGACUGAAGUAGAAGAAGACGCUAUGAUUUAUACUUUAACUGACGAUGAACUGCCUCUGGUGAAAUGUAAAAAAGGAGAUGCUGUUUGGACAAAAGCCAAUAAUUAUGUUAAAGAGUGCUCAGACAUCAUUUUGGAGUUGGAUAAAAAGUUCAACAAUGUAUUCCCAGAAAUGCAUGUUUUAUACGAUGAAAAUAAUAAGAUUGUAGAUCAAGUAACUGUGAUAAAUUUCAAGCGUAUCCAAUUUAUGAAAGACAGUUUCGAAAGUUUGAAAACUAUCAGAGAUAAAACGAUGGAAUUUUCAAGUACAUUUAUUACAAAAGACAAUUCUUUGCAUCCUUUGCUUAAUAAUAUUAGUUAUUUAAAAAACAGAAUUGAUGAAAAUAUUAGUCAAUUCGAUGAUAUUAUCGCUUCUUUACACCAAACUGAAGUAUCAGAAGAAAUAGAUUGCAGUGAUAACUUGAAGAAAUAUGAAAAAGAAUUAGAAAAAUUAGUCUUAAUGAUGUUGAAAGUCAUUGAAAAUAAAUAUAAAGAGAAACGGAAUAUCGAUGAUUGGGAAGACAAUAAAUUGGAAGAAAAACUAAUUAAGUCGAUAACUACGGAGGUGCAAACGUUGAAAUUAAAUAGAAUAUGUGUCUGUUUGAACAAUUUGUUAAAAGCUAUUUUCAAUGAAAAACCCAGGAGUAUUAUUAAUCACACUAAGCUUCUUAGAAAAUUUCUACCACUGUUCCAGCAUUAUCUUUUGCUUGCCCAAUUCUAUCUUCUUGAACAAGUCGCUUCAUUACGUAUAACGUGCAAAAUUUUACAUAUGCAACUGAACGUUUUCUUGGAUCUUGCAAAUAAUGGCUUUUGUAUUCCAAAUGAUUUGGAUCUUGAAUCAGGUGAUGAGGGCGAGCAACAAAAAACCGGCGAAAGUGGUAUGGGUCUAGGCGAUGGGGAAGGUCAGAAAGAUGUUUCUGACCAGAUCGAAACUGAAGAUCAGUUGGAUGACGCAAAACCUGCUGGUCAAGAACAGGAAAAACCAGAUGAUAAGGAUUGCCUCGAAGAAGAUAAUGGUAUUGAAAUGUCUGAAGAUUUUGAUGGAAAAUUACAAGAUGUAGAUAAAAAGGAAGACGAUGAUACCGGUGAUGAAGAUGACGAUGAUUUAGAUAAGCAAAUGGGUGAAACCGAUGAUGGUGUUGACAAGCUUGACGAACGAGUUUGGGGCGAAGAUGAGCAAGAACCCGAAAGUGACGAAACUGAAAAAAAAGAAGAAGAGAUUGGCAAUGGAGAAGAAACGGGUGAAAAAGAAUUUGGUGCUAAAGACGAUGAAAAACCUCAACAAGAUUCAGAAGAACAAAGUAAUGAAAAAGAAGAGCCUGAAAAAGAUCAGCAGAAAGAAAUCAAUGAAAUGGAAGAACCACAAUAUGAUGAAGAUCAAGUAAAUCCUUACCAUGGAAAAAUGGAAGCACCCCCUGAACCAGAAGAAUUAGAUUUACCUGAAGAUAUGAAUAUGGAUGAUAAAGAAAUGAAAGAUGAAGAACCUAUCAAUGAAGAAAAUCCUUUUGAUAUCGAUAAAAUGAAAGAAGACAUGAUUCCACAAGAGCCUGAAGUUCCUGAAACUGCGGAAGAAGAGGUAGAUGACAAGGUCGACCCAGAUAAAAAUGAUUCUAGUGACGAUGAAAAUGAACCAGAAAAACCAUCAGAUAAACCUGAUAAUAGUGAUACUGCAGAUGAUGAAAAUGAGGAAAAAGCAGAUGAAAAAGCAUCAGCGCAAGAAAAGAAAAAAGAAGAAAAUAAAGAACCGGAAUCGGAAAAUCAAAGCGAAGACGAACGUCAGGAAGACAAAGCGUUACCGAGCGUUGACGAUGCUGCUCAAGAAACUGAUGCUGCAGCUCCCAUAGAACAGCCCGAAGGUGGUUCAAGAGAUCAAGUUUCCAAUCAAUCGGAAGAUCAACAAGAAUCAAACGAUGAAUCCAGAGCUGAAAACUGGCAACAAGAACGAGAAAAUAAAGGUACGGGUCAGUCACAAGCAGAGGAACAUGAUUCUGGUCAUUCUGGAAGUUCUUUGGAAAAAGCUGAACCAAUGAUGAAUCAUGGCACUGAAAUAGAACAGCAAAAUAAAAGAAAAAAUCCAGGUCAAAGUGACGAAGACCACAAAUUAGCUGAAAACAUUGAGCCUAAAAAGAAAAAAAUGAAAACAAUGAUUUACGCUCAAAAUGAUUCACAAGAUGAUAAAAGUGAGGAAGGAGCAAAUCCUGAUGAAGAAGGCGAACCAGAUAUUUGUCAACAUUUGAAAGAAAAACAAGAAAAAUUUGACUGUUAUGCUGUAGAUGCUGCGACUGAGCAGCAGUCGAAAGAGCAGGCCGCCAAUAAAGAACAAGAAGAAAAACAAAAUCAAGAUGAAGAAGCAAUGGACAUUGAUAUGCACGAGGACGAAAAUAUUAUGGCAAUGGACGAAGAUUCUUCCGUUAAACAAAAACCAGAACAUUUGGAUAACAAAGAAGAUCCGAAAGAUAAAAUUCCUUCGAAAGAUAAAGGUGGAGUUGAUGAUACUCAGCUUGAAUCAGCCGCUGAAGUUGACAUUGAGGGUGAAAUAACUGAAACUACUACAGUUUCCCGUGGAACUGAAUCAGAUUUCUUCACUAAUAUCACUAAUAUCAUCGAAUCUGAACCUCUCUCAACACUUCAAAUGCCUUCAGUAAAUUUGAAUAACGAAAACAGCCGAUGUCGUCAAGAACCAAUUUCAGAAGAAACAAUGGAAUCCUUAAGGGAUUUGAGCUCCAGAGUAGAUGGUCGUGCACGUGAACUAUCAGAAAAACUUCGAAUUGUCCUGGAACCGACCAAAGCGACUCGUUUGAAAGGCUAUUACCGUACCGGUCGACGAAUAUCUAUGCCAAAAAUGAUGCAAUUUAUUGCUAGUCAAUUCCUUAAAGAUAAAAUUUGGCUUCGUCGUACAAAGCCAUCAAAGCGCAACUAUCAAAUAGCACUGGCGAUCGAUGAUUCCAGUAGUAUGGAAAGUAAUCUAUCCAAAGACAUAGCGUUCGAGUCUCUUUUCCUUAUUGGCAAAGCUCUGUCUUAUCUAGAAGCUGGAGAGUUGGGCGUUCUUAGUUAUGGAGCAGACGCAACUGAAUUACAUAAACUUGGGGAACCAUUCACUGAUACUAGCAUUGCACAAAUAAAGGAAAAAAUGAAAUUUGAACAACAGAAAACUGAAAUAGCGAAGUUAAUCAAUCAUACAGCAGAUAAAGUGUUUAAUUGUCAAAAUAGUUCAUCUGACAAUGCUAAAAUUUUAAUAAUAAUAUCAGAUGGACAAAACAUAUUCAGUGAGGGAGCAGAUAAAGUCCGACAAGCUAUACGAAAAGCCAACCAAAACGAUAUUACCUUAGUUUAUAUUAUUAUUGAUAAUCCUUUGAAUAAGGAUUCUAUUUUGGAUAUAAGAAUGAGUACUAUAGAAAACGGAAAAGUUACAAUCAAACCUUACAUGGACAGUUUUCCAUUCCCCUUUUAUAUUAUUUUGAGGGAUAUAAAUGCUUUGCCUGGAAUUCUAAGUGAUGCUUUGAGACAGUGGUUUGAACUAGUUAAAUAAUAGGUUAAACAAUAGGUUUUCAAAAUAAUAGAUCAACCAAUGAUGCCUAUUUAAUGUACUCUUUUUAAUGUAUUAUUUUCAUUUUGUAUACUUAUAAUCUUUUUAUCUACGGAAAAAAGUUGUA